AGGUUCAAGCGAAAGCGUGUGUGUGUGUGUGUGUGCGCGCAACAGUGUGGCAUUAAUUGCAAUUCUGAUCGAUCUACUUUCCAAACAAGCCAGGGACCGACCGCUAAUUAUUUAUAUAUAUAUAUAUAUAUAUAUAUAUAUAUAUAUAUAUAUAUAUAUAUAUAUAUAAUUACUUUCAGCGGUUCCACUUUCUGUUUGUGUGCGUGCUGAAAAUGUUUACUGGUUAAUACCGUACUUCCUGUGUUGCAUUGCUCGAUUUCAAUAAUAAUAAUAAUAAUAAUAAUAAUAAUAAUAAUAAUAACAGUGAUCGGGGGGGCUCGUUUCUUCAGCAGAUGGAUUUGGUACCCUUGCUGUCAUGGUCCUGCAUCGUUUUCACGCUGUGCAUGUUUUCCACCGGCCUGUCAGACCUGCGGAAGAUGUAUUUCUCCCGAAGCACAGAGAAUGUUCAGCUGCUGCCUUUCCUCACCACCAACCUCAAUAACCUGGGCUGGCUCUUCUAUGGCUAUCUGAAGGACGACUGGACUCUCAUUACUGUCAAUCUGAUCGGAGCCACUCUGCAGACCGUCUACAUGCUGGCCUACUUCUUCUACUCCCUGGAAAAGAGGAAGGUUCUGCUGCAGACUGGGCUGGCCUUGGCAGUGCUGUGCUCGGCCUGCUUCUACUUUUCAGUCCAGGUCCCGGAUCUGAGCACGAGGCUGAGUCAGCUGGGCCUCUUCUGCAGCGUGUUCACCAUCAGCAUGUACCUCUCCCCUCUGGCGGACCUGGCUAAGAUCCUGCAGUCUCGCUCCACCGAGUGCCUCUCGUUCCCGCUGUCGGUCGCCACUUUCCUCACCUCAACCUCCUGGACUCUGUACGGUCUGCAGCUCAACGACCUGUACAUCACGGUUCCUAACACCCCUGGUGUAAUCACCAGCCUGCUCAGAUUCUGGCUGUUCUGGCAGUAUCCCUCCACAGGACAGGACAAGUUCUCCUACAAGACCCUGCAGGCUUGAGGGGGCGGGGCCAGGCAGCUGGGAACCAAUGAGAGCCUCCAGUCGGUCCCCGCGCUCCUCAGUGGUUGGAAAGUUCCGAGCAAGCUUUUUAAAAGCCCCAGUGCGCAGUGGUGUGCAGCGCUGAGAGAGCGGGGGAAGCCAUGGCAGCGCCAGCUACAUCCCAAACCCCCCCCCCCCCCCCCCCCAAGGCCGACGAUCCUGGACCCCAGGAACAUCUGCCUGCCAUCGCGAGACCAAAGAACCAAAAGUGUGUGCCUCUCUCUAUCUCUGUUGUUCAUCCCUCCCUCUCCUCACCUCUCCAUCUCUAUUUCCCUCUGCUCUCUCUCCUCACCUCUCCAUCUCUGCCUCUCCUCUGUACCUCUCGUUUGUAACCCUGUCUCUGUAGUUUGUAAUCUAUAUUCUCCCCAUCUCUCUCUCUCUCUCUGCUAAAUUCAAAGCCAUGAAGUCAGUUAACUCUUUCUGUACCAUUUUUCUGAUUUUUGUUUUGUUUUGUUCUGAAGACAAUUGAAUAAUAAAAGGCCACUCAUUCAUAUUAAGUUGAAGUCGGCCCACCCAGGACUAGCCGCUAAUCAAUCAGAAUGAACUGGAAUUUGUGAUUGGUAGUUUUUAAAAGUGUUUUAAUUAAAUCAUGUUUGAAAAACAAAAAGAGUGAUUUGAACAAAACAACAAAUCAAUAAG